AUGAAGCUCACGACACUCACCGCCGCCGCCGCCGCCCUCGGCACCGCCAACGCCUACUGGGUCUCAUACGACUGGGGCAGGCCCGUCACCGAGGCAGGAUGGUACGGCCCCAGCGCGCCCCCCGGCGUCAAGACGGUGCCCUCCCCCAACGGCGGGGGUGCUGGCCCCACGACGCCGCCCGUGCUCGUGGCGUCGCCUCCCCCCGCGUCUGCUGCGCCGAGCGCCGCCCCGACGUCCAAGGCGCCGCCCGCGCCUGCGUCGGCCGCGCCGUCAAGCGCCGCACCGAGCGCAAAGCCGUCCGCCCCGCCUGUCGACCCCAACAUCCCGCACUCGAGCAACGGCACCAUCCCCGACCUGUCCAAGCUCACGACGUGCGCGCUCAACUGCGUGCUCAACAACAUCGCAACGGCCGGGUGCAACAGCCCGCUCGACAGCGCGUGCAUGUGCUACGGCGCCAACUACAUCAACCUCGUGACCAAGUGCGUCACCUCAAACUGCCCGCCCGAGGACGCGCUCCCCGCCCUCGACGUCGGACGCAAGAUCUGCCCCAACCUCAACCUGCCCGACCUGAGCAGCCUCGACAUCUGCGCGUCCAAGUGCAUCGUCACGUCGCUGCCUGCCACCGGAUGUGCGGGCCCGCUCGACAACAACUGUAUCUGCUCGGCGCCGUUCAUCAACCAGGUCGCCCCAUGCCUGCUCAACGCCUGCCCCAACGACAAGGUCGUCGACGCGCUCAACUUUGUCCCCUCCAUCUGCCCCAACUUGCCUCUGCCAGACCUCAAGCCGCUGCAGACUUGCGCCAAGAACUGUGUCAUCGACACGAUCAAGUCGCAAAAGUGCAACUCGCCCCUCAACACGGGCUGUAUCUGUACCGAGUCAUUCACCAACGUCGCCACGCAAUGCAUCUUCAAGGCAUGCGACUCGACAGCUGUGCCUGCAGUGCUCAAGCUCGAGACAAACAUGUGCCCCAACCUCCACCUGCCCAACCUCGACUCGCUCUCGCCCUGCGGUGUCAACUGCAUCGUCAAGAGCAUCCAGUCGCAGAAGUGUGCUGGCCCGCUCGACAACAACUGUAUCUGCUCGCUCGGCUUCCCGCUGGCCGCUGCUGGCUGCAUCAUCGGCUCGUGUGGCUUUGGCGACCUUGGACCCGCCAUCAACCUCGAGUUCGGCCAGUGCAAGCCCGGUGGUAUCCUCUCGGCCAAGUGCCAGGCUUCGGGCAUCUUCAAGCUUCUCCAGCCUGCAUGCUGGUUCAGCGGCUUCAAGAACAAUGCUGCUCCUGCCAACCAGCGCCGCGGCACCCCCGAGGCUACGGAGAUGAAGCGCAUCUACGACAUGUACAUGCGCGGCGAGCUCGACUCCUACCUCUAG